AAGGCGCCCUGCCUUUACGUGUUUCUUGCUUGGGGUGGGAGGGACUGCUUUAGGGCAGCCGGUUUUUUCAGGUUUCCCCCGGUUUUGCAGUGCGGAGACCACGGGGGCCCACUCCCCGUGGCUCCGCGGACCCCGCCCCUUACGUGCCCGGCCCCGCCCCUCACGCCGCCUGUGUCCGCGCCGCCGCAGUCUCUGCUGCUGCCGCCAAGCGCGCCCGAGGCUCCUACGCUGCCGCGCCCGGCUUCUCUCCAGCGCCCCGCGCCGUUAGCCACGUGGACCGACUCCGGCGCGCCGUCCUCACGUGGUUCCAGUGGAGUUUGCAGUCCUUCCCGCUUCUCCGUACUCGCCCCCGCCUCUGAGCUCCCUUCCCAUGGCGGCCCUAGUGUUGGAGGACGGGUCGGUCCUGCGGGGCCAGCCCUUUGGGGCCGCCGUGUCGACUGCCGGGGAAGUGGUGUUUCAAACCGGCAUGGUCGGCUACCCCGAGGCCCUCACUGAUCCCUCCUACAAGGCACAGAUCUUAGUGCUCACCUAUCCUCUCAUCGGCAACUAUGGCAUCCCCCAAGAUGAAAUGGAUGAGUUCGGUCUCUGCAAGUGGUUUGAAUCCUCGGGCAUCCACGUAGCAGCACUGGUAGUGGGAGAGUGCUGUCCUACUCCCAGCCACUGGAGUGCCACCCGCACCCUGCAUGAGUGGCUGCAGCAGCAUGGCAUCCCUGGCUUGCAAGGAGUAGACACUCGGGAGCUGACCAAGAAGUUGCGGGAACAGGGGUCUCUGCUGGGGAAGCUGGUCCAGAAUGGAACAGAACCUUCAUCCCUGCCAUUCUUGGACCCCAAUGCCCGCCCCCUGGUACCAGAGGUCUCCAUUAAGACUCCACGGGUAUUCAAUACAGGGGGUGCCCCUCGGAUCCUUGCUUUGGACUGUGGCCUCAAGUAUAAUCAGAUCCGAUGCCUCUGCCAGCGUGGGGCUGAGGUCACUGUGGUACCCUGGGACCAUGCACUAGACAGCCAAGAGUAUGAGGGUCUCUUCUUAAGUAAUGGGCCUGGUGACCCUGCCUCCUAUCCCAGUGUCGUAUCCACACUGAGCCGUGUUUUAUCUGAGCCUAAUCCCCGACCUGUCUUUGGGAUCUGCCUGGGACACCAGCUAUUGGCCUUAGCCAUUGGGGCCAAGACUUACAAGAUGAGAUAUGGGAACCGAGGCCAUAACCAGCCCUGCUUGUUGGUGGGCUCUGGGCGCUGCUUUCUGACAUCCCAGAACCAUGGGUUUGCUGUGGAGACAGACUCACUGCCAGCAGACUGGGCUCCUCUCUUCACCAACGCCAAUGAUGGUUCCAAUGAAGGCAUUGUGCACAACAGCUUGCCUUUCUUCAGUGUCCAGUUUCACCCAGAGCACCAAGCUGGCCCUUCAGAUAUGGAACUGCUUUUCGAUAUCUUUCUGGAAACUGUGAAAGAGGCCACAGCUGGGAACCCUGGGGGCCAGACAGUUAGAGAGCGGCUGACUGAGCGCCUCUGUCCCCCUGGGAUUCCCACUCCCGGCUCUGGACUUCCACCACCACGAAAGGUUCUGAUCCUGGGCUCAGGGGGCCUCUCCAUUGGCCAAGCUGGAGAAUUUGACUACUCGGGCUCUCAGGCAAUUAAGGCCCUGAAGGAGGAAAACAUCCAGACGUUGCUGAUCAACCCCAAUAUUGCCACAGUGCAGACCUCCCAGGGGCUGGCCGACAAGGUCUAUUUUCUUCCCAUAACACCUCAUUAUGUAACCCAGGUGAUACGUAAUGAACGCCCCGAUGGUGUGUUACUGACUUUUGGGGGCCAGACUGCUCUGAACUGUGGUGUGGAGCUGACCAAGGCCGGGGUGCUGGCUCGGUAUGGGGUCCGGGUCCUGGGCACACCAGUGGAGACCGUUGAGCUGACCGAGGAUCGACGGGCCUUUGCUGCCAGAAUGGCAGAGAUCGGAGAGCAUGUGGCUCCGAGCGAGGCAGCAAAUUCUCUUGAACAGGCCCAGGCAGCCGCUGAACGGCUGGGGUACCCUGUGCUAGUGCGUGCAGCCUUUGCCCUGGGUGGCCUGGGCUCUGGCUUUGCCUCUAACAGGGAGGAGCUCUCUGCUCUCGUGGCCCCAGCUUUUGCCCAUACCAGCCAAGUGCUAGUAGACAAGUCUCUGAAGGGAUGGAAGGAGAUUGAGUACGAGGUGGUGAGAGACGCCUAUGGCAACUGUGUCACGGUGUGUAACAUGGAGAACUUGGACCCACUGGGCAUCCACACUGGUGAGUCCAUAGUGGUGGCCCCUAGCCAGACACUGAAUGACAGGGAGUAUCAGCUCCUGAGGCAGACAGCUAUCAAGGUGACCCAGCACCUGGGAAUUGUUGGGGAGUGCAAUGUGCAGUAUGCCUUGAACCCUGAGUCUGAGCAGUAUUACAUCAUUGAAGUGAAUGCCAGGCUCUCUCGCAGCUCUGCCCUGGCCAGUAAGGCCACAGGUUAUCCACUGGCUUAUGUGGCAGCCAAGCUAGCAUUGGGCAUCCCUUUGCCUGAGCUCAGGAACUCUGUGACAGGGGGUACAGCAGCCUUUGAACCCAGCCUGGAUUAUUGUGUGGUGAAGAUUCCUCGAUGGGACCUUAGCAAGUUCCUGCGAGUCAGCACAGAGAUUGGGAGCUGCAUGAAGAGCGUUGGUGAAGUCAUGGGCAUUGGGCGUUCAUUUGAGGAGGCCUUCCAGAAGGCCCUGCGCAUGGUGGAUGAGAACUGUGUGGGCUUUGAUCACACAGUGAAACCAGUCAGCGAUAUGGAGUUGGAGACUCCAACAGAUAAGCGGAUUUUUGUGGUGGCAGCUGCUUUGUGGGCUGGUUAUUCAGUGGACCGCCUGUAUGAGCUCACACGCAUCGACCGCUGGUUCCUGCACCGAAUGAAGCGUAUCAUCGCACAUGCCCAGCUGCUAGAACAACACCGUGGACAGCCUUUGCCGCCAGACCUGCUGCAACAGGCCAAGUGUCUUGGCUUCUCAGACAAACAGAUUGCCCUUGCAGUUCUGAGCACAGAGCUGGCUGUUCGCAAGCUGCGUCAGGAACUGGGGAUCUGUCCAGCAGUGAAACAGAUUGACACAGUUGCAGCUGAGUGGCCAGCCCAGACAAAUUACCUAUACCUAACGUAUUGGGGCACCACCCAUGACCUCACCUUUCGAACACCUCAUGUCCUAGUCCUUGGCUCUGGCGUCUACCGUAUUGGCUCUAGCGUUGAAUUUGACUGGUGUGCCGUAGGCUGCAUCCAGCAGCUCCGAAAGAUGGGAUAUAAGACCAUCAUGGUGAACUAUAACCCAGAGACAGUCAGCACCGACUAUGACAUGUGUGAUCGACUCUACUUUGAUGAGAUCUCUUUUGAGGUGGUGAUGGACAUCUAUGAGCUCGAGAACCCUGAAGGUGUGAUCCUAUCUAUGGGUGGACAGCUGCCCAACAACAUGGCCAUGGCGUUGCAUCGGCAGCAGUGCCGGGUGCUGGGCACCUCCCCUGAAGCCAUUGACUCGGCUGAGAACCGUUUCAAGUUUUCUCGGCUCCUUGACACCAUUGGUAUCAGCCAGCCUCAGUGGAGGGAGCUCAGUGACCUCGAGUCUGCUCGCCAAUUCUGCCAGACCGUGGGGUACCCCUGUGUGGUGCGCCCCUCCUAUGUGCUGAGCGGUGCUGCUAUGAAUGUGGCCUACACGGAUGGAGACCUGGAGCGCUUCCUGAGCAGCGCAGCAGCCGUCUCCAAAGAGCAUCCUGUGGUCAUCUCCAAGUUCAUCCAGGAGGCUAAGGAGAUUGAUGUGGAUGCCGUGGCCUCUGAUGGUGUGGUGGCAGCCAUUGCCAUCUCUGAGCAUGUGGAGAAUGCAGGUGUGCAUUCAGGUGAUGCGACGCUGGUGACCCCCCCACAAGAUAUCACUGCCAAAACCCUGGAGCGGAUCAAAGCCAUUGUGCAUGCUGUGGGCCAGGAGCUACAGGUCACAGGACCCUUCAAUCUGCAGCUCAUUGCCAAGGAUGACCAGCUGAAAGUUAUUGAAUGCAACGUACGUGUCUCUCGCUCCUUCCCCUUCGUUUCCAAGACACUGGGUGUGGACCUAGUAGCCUUGGCCACGCGGGUCAUCAUGGGGGAAGAAGUGGAACCUGUGGGGCUAAUGACUGGUUCUGGAGUCGUGGGAGUAAAGGUGCCUCAGUUCUCCUUCUCCCGCUUGGCGGGUGCUGACGUGGUGUUGGGUGUGGAAAUGACCAGUACUGGGGAGGUGGCCGGCUUUGGGGAGAGCCGCUGUGAGGCAUACCUCAAGGCCAUGCUAAGCACUGGCUUUAAGAUCCCCAAGAAGAAUAUCCUGCUGACCAUUGGCAGCUAUAAGAACAAAAGUGAGCUGCUCCCAACUGUGCGGCUACUGGAGAGCCUGGGCUACAGCCUCUAUGCCAGUCUCGGCACAGCUGACUUCUACACUGAGCAUGGCGUCAAGGUAACAGCUGUGGACUGGCACUUUGAGGAGGCUGUGGAUGGUGAGUGCCCACCACAGCGGAGCAUCCUGGAGCAGCUAGCUGAGAAAAACUUUGAGCUGGUGAUUAACCUGUCAAUGCGUGGAGCUGGGGGCCGGCGUCUCUCUUCCUUUGUCACCAAGGGCUACCGCACCCGACGCUUGGCUGCUGACUUCUCCGUGCCCCUAAUCAUCGAUAUCAAGUGCACCAAACUCUUUGUGGAGGCCCUAGGCCAGAUCGGGCCAGCCCCUCCUUUGAAGGUGCAUGUUGACUGUAUGACCUCCCAAAAGCUUGUGCGACUGCCGGGAUUGAUUGAUGUCCAUGUGCACCUGCGGGAACCAGGUGGGACACAUAAGGAGGACUUUGCUUCAGGCACAGCCGCUGCCCUGGCUGGGGGUAUCACCAUGGUGUGUGCCAUGCCUAAUACCCGGCCCCCCAUCAUUGACGCCCCUGCUCUGGCCCUGGCCCAGAAGCUGGCAGAGGCUGGCGCCCGGUGCGACUUUGCGCUAUUCCUUGGGGCCUCGUCUGAAAAUGCAGGAACCUUGGGCACCGUGGCCGGGUCUGCAGCCGGGCUGAAGCUUUACCUCAAUGAGACCUUCUCUGAGCUGCGGCUGGACAGCGUGGUCCAGUGGAUGGAGCAUUUCGAGACAUGGCCCUCCCACCUCCCCAUUGUGGCUCACGCGGAGCAGCAAACCAUGGCUGCUGUCCUCAUGGUGGCUCAGCUCACUCAGCGCUCAGUGCACAUAUGUCACGUGGCACGGAAGGAGGAGAUCCUGCUAAUUAAAGCUGCAAAGGCACGGGGCUUGCCAGUGACCUGCGAGGUGGCUCCCCACCACCUGUUCCUAAGCCAUGAUGACCUGGAGCGCCUGGGGCCUGGGAAGGGGGAGGUCCGGCCUGAGCUUGGCUCCCGCCAGGAUGUGGAAGCCCUGUGGGAGAACAUGGCUGUCAUCGACUGCUUUGCCUCAGACCAUGCUCCCCAUACCUUGGAGGAGAAGUGUGGGUCCAGGCCCCCACCUGGGUUCCCAGGGUUAGAGACCAUGCUGCCACUACUCCUGACGGCUGUAAGCGAGGGCCGGCUCAGCCUGGACGACCUGCUGCAGCGAUUGCACCACAAUCCUCGGCGCAUCUUUCACCUGCCCCCGCAGGAGGACACCUAUGUGGAGGUGGAUCUGGAGCAUGAGUGGACAAUCCCCAGCCACAUGCCCUUCUCCAAGGCCCACUGGACACCUUUUGAAGGGCAGAAAGUGAAGGGCACCGUCCGCCGUGUGGUCCUGCGAGGGGAGGUUGCCUAUAUCGAUGGGCAGGUUCUGGUACCCCCGGGCUAUGGACAGGAUGUACGGAAGUGGCCACAGGGGGCUGUUCCUCAGCUCCCACCCUCAGCCCCUGCCACCAGUGAGAUGACCACGACACCUGAAAGACCCCGCCGUGGCAUCCCAGGGCUUCCUGAUGGCCGCUUCCAUCUGCCGCCCCGAAUCCAUCGAGCCUCCGACCCAGGUUUGCCAGCUGUGUUCCUCCGCCCAGGAGCUGGGAUCCCACGGGGCAGCAGAGCGUGGGCUGAGGAGCCAAAGGAGAAGUCCUCUCGGAAGGUAGCCGAGCCAGAGCUGAUGGGAACCCCUGAUGGCACCUGCUACCCUCCACCACCAGUACCUAGACAGGCAUCUCCCCAGAACCUGGGGACCCCUGGCUUGCUGCACCCCCAGACCUCACCCCUGCUGCACUCAUUAGUGGGCCAACAUAUCCUGUCCGUCCAGCAGUUCACCAAGGAUCAGAUGUCUCACCUGUUCAAUGUGGCACACACACUGCGUAUGAUGGUGCAGAAGGAGCGUAGCCUCGACAUCCUGAAGGGGAAGGUCAUGGCCUCCAUGUUCUAUGAAGUGAGCACACGGACCAGCAGCUCCUUUGCAGCAGCCAUGGCCCGGCUGGGAGGUGCUGUGCUCAGCUUCUCGGAAGCCACAUCGUCCGUCCAGAAGGGCGAAUCCCUGGCUGACUCCGUGCAGACCAUGAGCUGCUAUGCCGACGUCGUCGUGCUCCGGCACCCCCAGCCUGGAGCAGUGGAGCUGGCCGCCAAGCACUGCCGGAGGCCAGUGAUCAAUGCUGGGGAUGGGGUCGGAGAGCACCCCACCCAGGCCCUGCUGGACAUCUUCACCAUCCGUGAGGAGCUGGGAACUGUCAAUGGCAUGACGAUCACGAUGGUGGGUGACCUGAAGCACGGACGCACAGUACAUUCCCUGGCCUGCCUGCUCACCCAGUAUCGUGUCAGCCUGCGCUACGUGGCACCUCCCAGCCUGCGCAUGCCACCCACUGUGCGGGGCUUUGUGGCCUCCCGCGGCACCAAGCAGGAGGAAUUCGAGAGCAUUGAGGAGGCGCUGCCUGACACCGAUGUGCUCUACAUGACUCGAAUCCAGAAGGAACGAUUUGGCUCUACCCAGGAGUACGAAGCUUGCUUUGGUCAGUUCAUCCUCACUCCCCACAUCAUGACCCGGGCCAAGAAGAAGAUGGUGGUGAUGCACCCGAUGCCCCGUGUCAACGAGAUAAGCGUGGAAGUGGACUCGGAUCCCCGCGCAGCCUACUUCCGCCAGGCUGAGAACGGCAUGUACAUCCGCAUGGCUCUGUUAGCCACCGUGCUGGGCCGUUUCUAGGGCCUGGCUUCCUCAGCCUCUUCUCUUUAGGCCCAGCUGCUGGGCAAGGAAUUCCAGUGCCUCCUACGGGGGCAGCACACUUAGAUAUUCCUGGACAUCCAGAUAGCUCACAUGUGCUGACCACACUUCAGGCUCUGGACUGGAGCUCUCUGGCAUGGGGGUGGGGCCUCAGAUGCUGGGGCCCAGUCUGCCCCAUCUUCAUUCCUGCACCUUAAACCUGUACAGUCAUUUUUCUACUGACUUAAUAAACAGCCGAGCUGUCCCUUGAUGCUGA